AAAAAAAAAAAAAACAAACAGGAAAGACAAACCAAACCAAAAAAAAUAAAUAAAAAUAAAAAUCAAAAACCAUGGAAGCAGGACGAAUCAAGAAACGAAAGAGGAUACCACCAACAUCAGACUCAGACCACCAGAAUAACAAGAAUGAACAGAACAACCAGAACAACCAGAACUCAAACAAGAAGAAACAGAUACCAGCAACAACAACAGACGAAAACAACAAACAACUUCACACUAGAUCACCAUCUGACUCAUCAUCCAGCUCAUCAAACCAUCCUAUCCUCAACCAACAUCCUCAACCAUCUGCAACGGAUAACAUCAACCAAGACGAGGAACUCAAACAGAAACUCAAGAAUAACUUCAAAUUCUUAAUCCUCGAUGGACCUGGCUUCUACUCCAACUACCAAGCCCUCAAGAAGAUGAUCGAAUCGGCUCAAACCUGCCUAGAAGAGGAACCAGAUGAAGCGAUCUAUCAGACCGAACUAGACGAGAAGAGCGCCCAACUGAGAGCCGCCGAGCUCUCAUUCGAUGACGUAUUGAACACCGUCGCAAGCCCAGUGAUCGAAGGUUUGACCCACUUCAUACAAGCCCAGGUCGAUCGUCAACUGCAGACCAAAUUGGAUCAAGCCAUCCAAGCUCACUCUGCCCAUCAGGAGAAGAAGUUCGAAAAGAACCUCAAGACCCUUCAACACUCCCACUCUCAAACUGAGAUCAAACAACUCGAGAAGAAAUUCAAAGAGAUCGAGAACAACCAUAAAACUCGUCUCGAUCAUCUUCAAACCAAACUAGCCAGCCUCGAAGCCAACCUGAACAAACAAGCUCCUCAGCUCAGCUCGACCGAAGGAAACUCGAACGAAACCGAAAACAAUCAUAAGAAUCAUACAGACUCAAGGGCACCCCCAGGGAACGCACUCAAACUAGCCCUAUCUCCCCAAACUAGCACAGCCCAAUCUCAACCUUCGAUCCGACAUCGAUCUUCAUCACAAAGUCAGUCGAAAUCAACUCAUCCAGAUCCUAACCCUACACCAGUCAACCCGGCCACUCGAAACUCAACUGGCAACACCUCUCAACAACGACCUAAUCCGUUGAAGAUCCCAGUUCGAGUCUCUGUCGAUGCUGGUGGAGCCUCACCCCGACCAGCAACCGCCCCGGCCGACCAUUCAUCACUCCCAUCUGACUCUCCUGUCAACACAACCAACUCAGCUCAUCAUUCUACUGCACCACCUCCCACGGCAGAAGCCUUAUAUGAAUAUAUCUCGAAGCGAUUGAUGGCCAGUAAAUGGUUACUGGACUACUCCAAAGUCAAACUAACGGAUUUCUAUAAACAACAGAUCCCACAGGAUCUAACAAAUCAUCUCGAUCAACUGGGCUUAACUUCCCAACGAAUCUCUGAGCUAUUGAGUUUUUUGAGCAUCUUACCUGACAUAGACUUGAAAUUUUUAUCCAAGAAAGUCGCCACGAUCGCCACCCCUACCACCCCCGGUAAUAAUCCGAUCGUUCACCUCUAUCCUCAACAACAACCCGGACCAAUCCUCAAUCCUAAUAACGCUCUUCAUCUCAAUCCACCCACUAAUAUCCCUGUCCCCUCCAAUUUCCAUCUGGUCGAAAACUUCUCACUUACUUACUUGAAAGAUAUCCUUGGAAAGAUCCAGUUCGAUGCAAAUCACUUGCUAAUUCGUUUGAAUCGAUUCGAGAUCAGACUUGGGAACGCUGAAAAGUUAGGGAUAGAUGAUCACGGGGCCAUAAACGCUCUCAUAAAGCGUAUGGAUUUCGCUGAGACUCAGACAUUACCGCUUGUGACCUCCAGAGCAACUUCGGAAAACCUGCAUGCAUUAGAGACACUGGUAGAAUCGAAGAUCACGGCAGCUCAACGUGAAACCAAAGAUUCUGUGAAGGCACUCCGGGACGAGACGACAUCGGCCAUCAAAUCGCUUUCCCGCCCUAGCAAGCCUCACACGUCCCCAGCUGGCCAGAGCGCCCACCAAGGCUGUCUCUCAAUGUUCAAGGUUGAGAACUACAUAUUGGACCGACUGUUUAACGAGUUCGAGCGACUCUCGAGCCGAGCCUCGUCGAAUACUACAAAGUCCAAGUCGAAGCAACGUGACCGAAGCGAAUUCGAAGAGGGGGAGACGAGUGGCGAAGAAGAUGAGUGCAAGGAGACGGUCGAGUCGAUCCUCACCGAUGGCAGGACCAACUAUUCUCAGACGAGCGGGGGGAACAGGGUCUCUAUAGCGGGUGACCCUUCGGCUCGAUGGAAGGCGCUGGGUGAGAUGGUCUACUCGCAAUACCAAGCGCAACUUCAGAAAGAGAAAGAUGCGCUCGUCUACAACCACCAACAUCAACAUCACUACCAUCAUCACCAUCAUCAUCGGGUCCGAAUGCUCCUUGGCCUCGACAAGAACUCCGAGGAGGAUGGCGCGAUCAACUGCCUUAAACUCGGCAAACAGAUCGAUCACCAAGAACUCAAUCAGGCCGCCGAACUUCUUGUCACCGAAAAACGCCGCGAGGAGAUCCUCGCCGAGACAUCAGUCUCUCAAUCCACCGCUCCUUCUGCUUCUUCUGCUGCUCCUGAUAUCCCUGUGAACCCUGCUUCUAGUUCCGCUUGAUCUCUCCCCCUUCUUCCUCACAUCUUGUUGGUUUAUCAAAAAGAAAACAAGCUUUACGGCUCCUCCCCCCCCCUUUUUUUUCAGAAAUUACAUUUCCUUUCUAAUUGGGUUAAUGGUUUUUUUUGUUUCUUGCUCUGUCCUUCCCCUCGCUUUUUGUUUGUACUCGUUAUACAUGCAAGAUGAAAAAAAAAACUGAUUGAUUGUCAUCGUGACUGAGUGCACAAUUUUUUUUUAUUUAUCUCCAGA